UCCUGCUUCUCUCCCAACAUAGAGCGAGUCCAUUUAUGGAAAGACGGCCCGAGCUUUAAUGGUUCCCAUCAAACCCACUAAAAACAUCAUCAGACCGUCCGACUUCCGCGCGGAUUCCUGUGGCGGACGCGUGCGGCCGCCUCCCAGCUGACAGACGCAAACAGACCCGCGGAGACACGUUUUGGGAGUUUGACCAACCUCCUCACUUCCCACGAGACAAGAAGUUCGGGCGUCAAGUUUUCCGCUCUUCCUCAUCCAGGAUACUUUGGGAGACGCCGCCGGACGCGUCGUGGCUCCCGCUCGCCUCCACGCCGCCCCGAGCUUCAUUCCCUCCAACUAACUCGCUUUUACUUCCCGUUUCUACCUCCGAGGUUUUGACGGUUCAUGUUCACAAAUGUUAGCGGUCGGGCAGAUGGAGGCUAACCGGCAGAGUGCGUUCAUCCUGGGCAGCACCCCGCUGGCGGCGCUGCACAACAUGACCGAGAUGAAGACGUCCCUGUUCCCGUACGCGCUGCAGCAGAGCCCGGCGGGCUUCAAGGCGCCUCCGCUCUCCAACCUCAACUCGCAGCUCCCCGGGGCCACGCCGCACGGAAUAAGCGACAUCUUAGGGCGACCGGUCACCACUGCCGGGCAGCUGCUGUCCGGCUUCCCCAGGAUAAACGGCCUGGCCACCACGGCCGCCGCCGCCGCAGCGGCGGGCAUGUACUUCAGCCCGGCGGUGUCGCGGUAUCCGAAGCCCCUGGCGGAGCUGCCGGGGCGGGCGCCCAUCUUCUGGCCCGGGGUGAUGCAGGGCUCUCCCUGGAGGGACCCGCGGGUUCCCUGCCCAACGCAGGGAAACUUAAUGGUUGACAAGGACGGCAAGAAGAAACACUCCAGACCAACUUUUUCAGGGCAGCAGAUUUUUGCUCUGGAGAAGACGUUCGAGCAGACGAAGUACCUGGCCGGUCCGGAGAGAGCUCGGCUGGCCUAUUCUUUGGGAAUGACCGAGAGUCAAGUGAAGGUCUGGUUUCAAAACAGAAGAACCAAAUGGCGGAAGAGACACGCGGCGGAGAUGGCCUCGGCCAAGAAGAAGCACGACUCUGAGACGGAGAAGAUGAAGGAGAGCUCGGACAACGAGGACGACGACGAGUACAACAAGCCGCUGGACCCCAAUUCAGACGACGAGAAGAUCACGAGACUGUUGAAAAAGCACAAGGCCACGAACCUGGCGCUGAUCAGCCCCUGCAGUAACAGCUCGGACACCUUGUGAUGCCCACAGCUGGGGGCAGAAGUGUGUGAUGGGCGUGAGGGGUCCAGCAGAGACUUGUCGCACUCUUUCUGACCCGCUUUACACCUACCGUUAUGAACACGCGUCUGAGGGGAUUUGCUCGAACAAGAGCGACAGAACGUGGGAAAAAAAUGUGCGCAUAAACGCACGGAAGGCGCGCGCACCAAAACGUGGCCAGAGACUCCUUUGGCUGCAACCAAACCCACUUAGAGACAACAUGUAAGUGGAAAUAUGAGCCCUGUCAGAGCUGGACUGAUUGCAAACUGAUGUUCCAAAUCAGUUGAAAGGACAAUAAUAUUGGACAGGAAAUGGCCGCGGCUGGAGACGUUACGACAGGUGUAAAUGUAAACGAAAUAGAAAAUACAAUCCGGAUCAGUGUUGGACCCUUUACUAUGACUCCUUCAUGUUAGUCCACAUGUGCUUGAUUUUUAUGUUUCACCACACUUGUUACAUUCGUUCCUUUACGCCUUUAACCUGAAUUCAUGUCUGUGUCAGCUUGAAGUCAGUAAGGCCUCUGGGUCUGAACGAGACUGUUGAUUAUCACCAUUAACUGAUAAUAUGAACGUUAGCAAUAUAUUUUUAUCUGAUUUAUUAGAAGGCAGUACUGAUCCGGAUGCCAGACGCGUGUUUUAAUGGCAGGUGUAAACGGGACCUGUGAUGCUUCUAAAGCUCAGUUUAACCAGGGUAUCCACUGUCCUAAAAGGCAAGACUAUUAAAUGUUCGAGUACGGGGCGCAGGUUGUAGAUGAAUGAUUUGUGCUGUAACCUAAAGAUAAAACGUGAGAUUGUAUAUAUUUUUUACUGAAUAAGUUAUAAUGUUUCAGCCGGUGGAAACGUAGCCGCUUUUAUUCCCCCGUAGCUCUGACGCGCUUAUUUCCCCCCUCGAAUAAAUCUGCUGCUUCAUUUUCAUUUCUGCAAAGUUACAUCGGCCACAGACACGCACGCACGCACGCACGCACAUACAUUUACACAUGUAGACGACACAAGCGAAAUGCUGUAAAUAUUCCGUGUAAAGACAAGCGGCUCCAGUUCACACCGUUCAUCUGAUUUUAACCUGACAGACCUUUGUGUUGUUUCACCUCAUUGCACAGCGGGAUAGAAAACUUGACCAUGGUUUAUGUUGAAUUAAAGAGUUUAUUAUUGCUUCCAGAAAAGUUAUAGGAAGAAAAAAACUUUGUAUUAUAAAUAAAUUAUUUAACAAGCA